AUGGCGGCAGAUCUGGGAGAUCUCUUGGCCAAGGUGCUCCCCACCGGAGUUGAGAUCACCGUUCGCCAUGUCUCCUCAACACCCACUCCGUGCGAAGCUCUCUUUGCAGCUGCGCCGGGCCAGCUCUCCGAGCCGACCUUCUGCGAAAAUCAUUUUCUCUCGGUAUCAAUUGACUCCAAUGAUGACGGUGAAACAAUUAUCUUCGGAAUGGAAGUGAUGGUCUACAAUACGGCCCACUUGACCACCAUCUUCGUCUCCAAGGCCGACUCGACCGGUUUCCUACAUCUCCUGAAAUUGCCACGCAAAGUGUCUGUCCUGAGACUUGUCUCCAACACAUUUCUCUCAUUUCUGGCUCGAACCCGCCAACGGCCCGGUGUACGUCUAGUCAUCUCGCUAUUCGCUCGCGCCCAGAAUCAAUAUCUGUUCCCCGGCAGCAUUGAGAACGCCGAAAAACACGUUCUAGACGAUCGAGGCCUAAUCAAGUGGUGGUGUCGUGUUCUAGAUCCAAUUUUACGCGAGCACGAGCCGGAAUCUGCUCUUCAAGAAACGAAAGCGCUGGAUCAAACGGUCGAAGCUGCCAAGGCCUCUGCCACCGCAUACUUGAUCGUUCCAAGCUGUGAUCGCUUUGAGACACGCAAUUUCUUCCCGGUUACCGCCAAGACCGAUGCGAAGGAUCGCCCGCGAUGGCUCAACAGCUACCCACUAAAGCAAUUGUACCACGACCCCUCGGCUCCUCCCCGCUGCUUGGUGCCUCGUUUCCCCGAUGAUCCCAAGACUCGUUUCCUCAUCGACCUGGAUGGUGAACUUCCCCAGGAGAGCGAAGGUCGGCCCGCUGACCCUAAUGCCGGACAGUGGCGCAGCGUCCGGUCCUUGGACCAAUUCUGGGAGAUGAUGUCUUUCCGUCAAGAAUGCUCUGCUGGCCGGUUGGUCGGCUUUCUGUGGUUGGUCAUCAAUCCCCCUGGUUUGAUGAACUCGACGUCCAUGGAAAGCCAAACACGCGGUUCCUCUGACAACAGCAAUGAAACAGCGAUUUUUGGGGCUAUUCCAAACGAGGAGGAAGUGCAGAAUGGCUCUGGCCAGUCCGAAGAAAACUCCACUUUAACCAAGGCAACAACAAAUUUGACAACCGCUGAUAUCUCACCCAAACUUCAUCGGGAUGGUGGAUCUACCACUGCCACCCCUUUCGACUGGCCAGAGGCCGGACGUGGACAGGUCGUUCUCAGCGAAGCAGACUACAAGACGAUGAUGGAUUCGGUUCUAGAUCAUUUCUAUGACGAGAAACAAGUCGUUGCCAGUACCAAAAUCUACGUUGACCUAGUUUGUUCCCUUGGGGACGAGCUUACAUGGGGCAAGAAGGUUAUCGGCAGCAAUACCGCUAGUAGCACUGCCUCCGAACCUGCCAAUUCCAAUACGAACAAUAUUCUAGAUCUCGGAUUGAUCCGAAAGCGAAAGAAGUCAUUGGGUGAGGACAACAUACCCGUUGUGAAUGGAAUCCAAACAUCGAAUGAAUCAGGAGAUACACAACCAGCUCCGUCCGAGUCAGCUGGUGUCAAUGUGCUCAACGCUAGCUUGGUCCGGAAGAAGAAGAAAACAUGA